CGGAAUUUCUCUAAAACAGAGGAAUCUGAGAUUUGGAGUAAUUUUCUUGGGCAAACAUCUAAGCUGACGGUACGCCGGCCUCCGCCGUGGAAGAUUUCCAAGACAAAAUGAGUAAAGUUAGCUCUUUGUUUAGAACCCAAGCUAGAAACUUUUCUUUUCCUUCGCGUUCUUCCGCUCUUCCUCAUUCUCGACAUCGCCUUCUACUCCCCGUACCAGCAGAACAAUGCUUCAAGAACUCAUUCAAUGGCUUUCAGACCAACCCCAGAAAACCUGCUCUAAGUUUCGCUGCUCUGAGGCACUUGAGCACAGCUCAUUCCGAAGAUCGCGGCGACGAAUCAAGAAAUGGAAACCGCCUUUUGAAAUACGGUACAAGUGAGGAGGUGGAACCAAUUGAGUCUUGGGAAGAAGAGGAAGAGGUUGAGCCUGAGCUUGGCGAUGGAGGGGAUGGUGGAGGAGUUGUCUUCCAAAACUGCCCUUGGGGAGAGCAAGCAUUGUCCAUUGCUAAUGAGGUACUGAAGGAACAUACAGUUGACAUGGAGCUCUUUGCUUUCAAAACUUCUCCCAAGGGAUACAUCUAUGUGAGACUGGACAAACUCACAAAUGAAUACGGUUGUCCAAGCAUGGAUGAGAUGGAAGGUUUCAGCCACGAAUACAAGAAAAGAUUAGAUGAAGCAGGAACAAUGGAAGAAUUUCCAGAUGAUUUGGCUCUUGAGGUGUCAUCUCCAGGGGCAGAACGGCUACUGAAAGUACCGGAUGACUUGAACCGGUUCAAACACAUGCCCAUGAGAGUGAGCUUUGUGGGAGAAGACAACGAAUCUCUAGGCGCAGAAGAUAGUAAGAUAUUACUCCUGGAGUGCAUCGAUGCGGAGUUAGGGAAGUGUGUGUGGAAGCUGGUUGAUGUGAAAGAAAACCGUGACCCUUCUGCUAAAGGAAGACCGCUAAGCCGUAAGCAGAAAGAUUGGAGACUCUCACUAUCAUAUAAUAUGAUCAAACAGGUGACCUUGUUCAUCUCCCACUAAGGGCAUGUUUGCUAAUCACUUCAAUGCUUAGCUUUAGUUUUUAGAAAAGGCUAUCUAAUGACAACAUUUAGCUUUAGUGAUUUCAAACUUAAUGUGCAGUUGUGCACCAUUAAAAAGUUAUCUAAAACGCUAACGCUAGUUGAAAAUGAUGCACCCAAACAAGGCCUAAGUAUAGCAUAUCCUCCCAAACUGCUAGUUUUUUGCACAUUGGAGUAGAAACCAUUAUCUUUGGUAUUCCUUGGUUGCAACAUGGAAGACAUCCGAAAUGAACAUCUUC